AUGAUCGUACCCUACGGACGCUGGAAGAGCCCACUCACCCCAGAAUUACUGUCGAGCAGUAGCAUCUCUCUGCACGAGGUGGUCGUCAAUGAAUCCACCGGGGCUAUCUACUCUGUGGAAUGCCAUCCGACAGAGAAUGGACGCCAUGCAAUUAUCCAGCACUGGAACGGCGAACGUCGGGAUGUGUUACCAAAAGAUUUCAGUGCACACGCCACAGUGCAAGAGCUUGGUGGCGGUUCCCUUGCCAUAAGACCAGACGGACUGAUCACAUUUUCCGACGAAGAAUCUAGCGGCAUCUACCUGCUGGAUCCAACCUCUAGCAAAGUCACUUUGAUCCGCGAAGGGGUAAAGGGUGUCCGCUAUGCGGACUUUUGCCAUCAUCCGAUCAAUGCACACUGGGUGCUUGCCAUCAAGGAGGACCAUCGCGAAGCCACUCCGGAGACCCAAGCAUUCAUGGUUCAUAACACCCUGGUGGCUAUCAACAUCGAUACCGGUGAGGAGACCACAAUUGCCCAAGGGGACGACUUUUUCUCCCACCCCAAGUUCGAUCCUUCGGGGAAGCAUGUCUCUUGGAUUCAGUGGUCCCAUCCGGACAUGCCGUGGACCGGAACUGUUCUUCAUGUUGCGACGUGGGAAGAUGGAUGUCUUAAAAAUAUGAGACGUGUCGCAGGGAAAGCACAGGAAGAGAGUAUCACGCAGCCAAAAUGGGGCCUGGACGGUUCGCUCUACUUUGCGAGCGACAGGACAGGGUUCUGGCAGCUAUAUGCAUUCAACAUGAAUGACGACGCACCUCGCCUGUUGGCGCUGAAAGGUCUCGAAGAGGCGGACUUUGCCACCGCUGAAUGGGAACUGGGAAGCUCCACGUACAUCUCCCUUGACACAACGACUAUCGUCGCAGCCGUCAUUACUCACGCCACGAGUCGAGUGUUCCUGAUUGACACCACCACGUCCUGUGCUCGACAGCUAGAUCUCCCGUACUUAGAUCUGGGCUCUCGUGCUAAUGGGAUCUACCGAGUGUCACCAACCAGCUUCGCCAUCGUUGGUUCGACGGCAACAUCUCCGCAGGAAUUAGCUCUAGUAUCAAUCACGCCCACCUACACGGUGCAAAGAACCGUACUCGCCUCCACUGCGUCGUUCCACUUGGAUCGUGAAUACGUUUCUCACGCCACAGAAUUCCGUGCACCCCAAAAGUACGGACCGCAGUGUGACGGCGACGUAUAUAUGUUCUACUUCCCUCCACAAAACCCGAACUACCAGUCGGAUGAUCAGGGUCCUCCUCCAGUACUGGUCUAUGUUCACGGUGGACCUAAUGGCUGCGUCACCCCAGCGCUCAACCUUGAAAUCCAAUACUGGACCACGCGCGGCUUUGCCGUCUGCGCGCUCAACUACACGGGCUCGACUGGGUACGGUCGCGAAUAUCGCGAGCGUCUCUCGGGAUACUGGGGCCUAGUGGAUGUCGGAGAUGCUGUGAGUGCAGUCGACUUCCUGGUGGAAAAUGGCAUGGUCGAUAAGGCGCGCGUGGGCAUCUACGGUGGCAGUGCCGGCGGGUAUCUGACGCUGCGGGCGUUGCAUAUGUACCCGGACGUUUGGGCGGCGGGAAUUAGUUCCUAUGGCAUCAGCGAUGUCCGGGCAUUGCAGGCUGACUCAUACAAGUUUGAAAGCCAUGAUGUAGACCGGAUUUUACUCAGUACAACGAAGGCCGAGGACAGGGAUGCCGAACUGACCAGGCGCAGUCCGUGCCACUUUGCAGCUCAGAUGAAGGCACCGCUGCUUUUGCUGCAGGGUACAUCCGAUAUGGUGGUCCCUGUCGCACAAGCCAGGAUGAUGGCUGAUGCGAUGCACAAGUGUGGGAGAGUAGCAGAGGUGGUUGAGUUCGAGGGUGAGGGCCACGGUUGGGUUGGCCAUCAAACCAUUUAUGAGUCAUAUAAGCAGAAGGAGGAGUGGUGGAAGCUUCAUUUGACUUGA